GCACCACCUGCAAGAUCUUGGGAUCUUGGCUGCAUCUUAGCUCUCUCUAAUCCAUAGUAACCUCCCAAAGUUUAGAUCACCACGCCCAUGGAAUGAUACCGAGGAGUGGCCGUACCGUACAAGAAGAAAGAAAGAAAGAAGCGUGGAAACAAGAGAGACUGAGGUCCUGAGCCACACCACAAGAUAGACUUCAGAUCGGAUUGAUUAGUUCCUAUCAGAUGCUCCACUGCUAAAUGGCUGACUCUUUACCUGUACAUUUCGGCCGUGGGGGUGGCCGACAAGGAAACUACCAUCGUGGUGGUGGUGGCCGUGGAAGAUACCAACACCGUGGUGGCGGCGGCCGUGGGAGAGGACGCUACAACAACCAUAGGGGAAGAGGACGCGGAGGAAGAGGCAGAGGUCGUGGCGGUGGAGGAAGAGGACGAUGGAAUCGUGCGGACGAACUGUUCGAAGAGCACGGGACUCCUACCGACACUUCCGUGAGCAUUGCCGUGCAAGGGUGCUGUCACGGUGAAUUGGAAACCAUUUAUGCACGUCUCUCCGAAUUUCAGCAACAAACCGGCCGCAAAAUAGAUGUCUUGAUUUGUUGUGGAGACUUUCAAUCCUUGCGCACACCUGCCGAUUUUCACUCCUAUGCGGCACCCCCCAAAUACCGACAACUCGGGGGGUUUGUAAAAUACUAUUCGGGCGUCUUGGUAGCACCCAUUCUCACCAUUUUUAUUGGCGGCAAUCACGAAAGUUCACAAGCCUUGCAGGAAUUGUACUAUGGGGGAUGGGUUGCGCCCAAUAUCUACUACAUGGGCGCCGCGGGAGUGGUAUCCGUCAAGGGUGUACGGAUUGGAGGCAUUAGUGGCAUUUACAAGAGUCACGAUUAUCACAAGGGACACUUUGAACGACCACCCUACGAUCGAAGUACCUUACGGAGUGUUUAUCAUGUACGAUCGCUACCGGUAUUUCGCAUGAAGAGUUUGUCUGGUCAGCAAAAACAACGAUUGGAUGUCAUGAUGAGUCAUGAUUGGCCACAGGGGAUUGAGAAUCAUGGGAAUAUCCGGUAUUUACUGCAAAAGAAACCCUACUUUCGAGAAGAAGUUCACAGCAAUACACUGGGGAGUCCGGCCAAUCACGAAAUUCUGCAAGCCAUCAAACCAAAACUCUGGUUCUCAGCUCAUCUUCACGUGGGAUUUCGAGCCACAGUACGACAUGACGAUCCAGGCAACAACAAAAAGGACGACAACGACAAGAAAGCCCAGCCAACUUUGUCGACAACCGAUCUGGUGCCGUCUCAGGCCGUAAAACUGGCCACUUCACCUUCCAAGGAAGAGGAUACAAACGAAGAAACCAAGGACGGCGCCGAUGAAGCACCUGCCACGUCACCUGCCCAGGAAGAAACAACAAAGGACGGUGACAGCGCUGCUCCUCCAGCAGCGAAUGACUCGAAAGAAACAACUGAAGAGGCAGCAGAGGAUCCGUCGCAGCAACUGCUCUGUCAACCAGUCAGCGAGACUCGUUUUGUAUCGUUGGAUAAAUGUCUGCCAGGGCGUCCCUACUUUUCCGUGACACAUGUGGAACCAUCGCAACCAAGCAACAACCAUGCCGUGCCUACGUUGGAAUAUGAUCCUGAAUGGCUGGCCAUUCUGCGCAAGACACACGAUUUGACUGAACCCAACAAUCGUCGACAAGUCCUCCCGAAGGAUCUCAUGCCUGUGACACAGGCAGAAAUCGAUGCCGUGAAACAACUCCUCCUCGAGUCUCGCAACGACCUGGCAAUCCCCCACAACUUUAGUGUGACGGUGCCACCGUCAGGACAUUCGUCACGAGCACUCCCUCCACCACUCCCCAGGAUGGGCAAUCCACAGACGGACGAAUUGCUGGAACUGCUUAAGUUGGAUCAUUUGAUCACGAUUCCCUACGAUCCCAGUUGUUUGCAAGGCUUGGAUUGGUCCCAGCCGCCCCAAGGACCACCACCACCGCCGCAGCCCGAUGACAAUGAAAUUGACAUUGAUGGGGACGAUGAUGAAGAAGAAGAUGUACACAAGGAGGAGACUGUGGAUGAUGGGAAAGGCAAAGGAGUAGCCGAUGAGAAUGAAAUUGAUGUCGACGAGUCUUAGAGGUUCUGCAGCUGGAGUUGUUCUCUCAGAGAUAUCAUCGCCAGCUACGGUCUCUCCCGUUGUUUUCGCUCAAUCUAGUCUUGCGGGCAAAGGGCAUUACUGGUAGCUGUUGGACAAGCCCACCUCUGGAUGGUUGUUGGGUUGGGUAUGCUGUACGACCUAGUACCGGUAGUGAAAUGCAUUGUUUACGUAUACAUGGGGUUAGCUAGAACUAAAGGAAUCAUUCAAUCCAAAGUACACAUUCGUACGUAGAAUUGGAGGACAGCUGCGUGGCUGGCCUACGGAAUAAGGACAUACAACGCCAACGAAGAUAUAAGGUUCACAAUCAAGAUC